AGUGUGGACAGAGAGAGGAGCAGAUGUUGUCUGCUUAAGAGGAUGGCAAUCCCAAUCCAGUCCUUGACCAGGAGCUGUCCUGUCAUCAGGAUUGAGAGGAGCCCAAGGCACCUGGCCCAGGACUCUGUCUCAGCCUGUGGUGCUUCCCUCCCCUAGCUUCUGGCACCUCGACCAGCUUGAGUCAACGUGGAAGAAGAUUGUGAGACCAACACAGGUUGACGAGAAAGCAAAGAGGCCUCAAAAAGCAGAAGUGGGUCGUGGAGAUUGGACCGUCUGGGAGGUGGCUUGAAAUCAGGGGCCUGGCAUUGGUGUGGGUGACCUCUGUGCUAUAGACAUGACCCCGAGGGAUGGGAGGCCUUGGCUGCCUGUAGCUCUGCUCCUUCUGCAGGUCCCAGGCUGUUGGUGUCUGAGUGGCCCCACCUCCGUGACGGGCACCGUGGGCGGAUCUCUGAGCGUGCAGUGUCAGUAUGAGGAGAAAUUCAGAGAGAUGGUCAAAUACUGGUGCAAAAGCCCAUGUGUUUGGAGUACUGUAAAGACCAAAGAGGCAGACUUAGAAGAGAGUAACGGCCGUGUGUCCAUCAGGGACCAUCCCGCCAACCUCACCUUCACAGUGACCAUGGAGAACCUCACAGAAGGUGAUGCAGGAACAUACUGGUGUGGAAUCGUUACAUCAUGGCUCCCAGGAUAUUUCCUCGACCCCACCUUCCUCGUUGUGGUGUCUGUGACCCCAGUUCCCAGCUCCGUGAGGCCCACCAGGACCCCAGGUCUUCACAGGAUCCUGCCAGCCCCCACGUGGAGCACCAUGACCCCGAAGGAGUCCCCUAAUCCCAGUCAAUAUCCUGGGGAGACCUGGCCGGUGAGAGGACAUUUCCUGGAGACCUGUAGGAUUUGGGGAGCCAUCACUCAGGUAUCUACAGAAAUCGGGAUCCAGAGGCAACGAAGAGCAAGUGCAAGUGUUUUGCAUCGGAGGCCUUCAGGACCCAGCCCAGGUCAGCCAGGUGCUCUGGGGGCCCCUGGGCUCUCUUUUCUGCUCCCCCUUCUCCCCAAGGCCCUCGCCAGAGAGUCAUCCCGUUGAAGACCAGGCCUCUAAGAGAGAGGAGAGUGCCGUCCUCUGGGUCAACAGGCCUCAGUGAGCAAUUUGUGGGCACAGAGUCGGCCUGAUGAAGAAACCUGCGGCCCUCCUUGAGCAUCGAUAUCCUGUCCAGAGACACUGCCACUCAGACUAGAGGAGGAAGAAUUUCUGUCCCCAAACCUAUCUCUUCCCACCUAUUGCCAAAAACUGGUAAAAAUAAAUAAAUAAAUAAAUAAAUAAAUAAAUACGUGAA